AAUUGGAAAAACUUUUUUAAAACUUUUUCAUUUUAUCCGAAAAAGUAAGAUAACUAACAGUCAGUCAAUGAUUUUUGUGUUUGUCUCUCAAUCUAACAGUCAUUGACUAAAGAAGUCUACAAAAAAAGUUUUCAUAACGUGUUUUGACGUCUGUAUUCUCCCAACAAAUGCUGUAUAAUAUCCAUAAUAAUACCUAAGCUAUAAAUACAGAGAGUUGUUGUGUGUGAGAGGAUUGUUAUAUUAAAUAUAUGACUGUUUUAAUAUUGUGUGUUAAAUAUAUAUAUAGUUGUGUGUAAAAUGAGAUCGUUGUACGUGACAUCAACCAUAACUACAAUUUUCAUUUAUCUAUAUAUUGGCUGCUUUUGGCAUCACUUGAAUUGCGCUAAACUUGACUUCGACCAACUCGUCAGGAGAAAUCGUCGGACUAUUGAUCCGAUAAAAGUGGAGCCAAAUGUACUUCAAGUUAUGAAACUUUUGCGUAAAGGAAGUGUCGAUGACAGCAAUGGACAGCAAAUGUUAGAUGAAAAGAGAAUAGGUUUUGGAUUAAAUCGCGGUUAUUCUGGCAGUCAGGCGGGCAAACACUUGAUAGGUGUGUUCAAUGCUAUUGCAGGUCCGGGUGGACGACGAACUAAACGAUCGUCUUUUAUAUAA